AUGGACUUAGAAGACGAGCCGUUGUUAUUCCAGAGCAGCUGGGAUGCUGAGGAGGAAGAGGAGCAGGAUGAGGAAGAUGGGGAGUCAGAUACACAGAUUAAUGGGGGGAGCAGCACCACUGGAGGCAGCAUAGUGUGGGGGGCGGUGGGCUGGGUCUACACACAGCCCUGGGUGAGUGGGGUGGUCCUGGGAAUUGGAGUCUUUCUUCCCUGUGCCCUCUCUGCCUACAUGUUCCUAUACUGCCCCCCAUUGGACAUAGACCUUUCCUACAGUGCCUUUGAGGUUCACAGCCACUUCUCCGCUGAGCGGUUUGAUGCACUCACCAUUGCCAUAAAGACUCAGUUGGGGUCCUGGGACAGACGCAGGCGUGACGUGGACCACUAUGACUUCACUGCUCUACAGGAGCUGCUGUUGGACAGACUGGGUAGGCAGGGAGAUGAAGCAUCCAACUGGACAUCACAUGGAGGGCUGAAUUCGAAAUCUCUGAAAAACCACACGUUCAAAAGAGUAGUUAUGCAACAGAGAGGAGUUGCCCUGAGUCAGCAAAAGACUGAGAUGCAUAGAGAGGCAAGGGCUGGUAAAGCAAAGAUAAGAGAGGAGGAUAAAAAUACAACUAACUUAGGAAAACCUGAGAGUCAUGAGUUCAAAGGGGAAGAGGGGUUCAGAGACAGUGAGAGAUCUCACACUAGGAUGCGCAGGUUUGCUCCCAACUACUCAUACCUGCAGAGCCAAGCCUUGUGGAGGAUGGAGCUGGUGUUUGUAGCUCAGGGUGGGGGGGACAACAACAUCUUCACCCCAGAGCGUCUCCGCACCAUCCACCACAUAGAGCACCUGCUCAUGCAGCACCCCCAGUUCCAGCAGUUCUGUUGGAAGCCUCUGGAGGUCCUGAGAGACCUGCCCCUGGGCCCCUCCUACUGCUCCCCUCCAAGCUCCCUCCUCUCCUACCUCUUCCCCAGUGAACGGGGAGGCAGGAUCUACUAUGAUGGCAUGGGACCUGACCUGGCUGACAUCCAUGGUGCUCUGAGUCUAGCGAUUACCCACCCACAGUUCUACUGGUAUGUGGAUGAGAGUCUGGCCCCUGACCGGCUCUCCUCCUCUCUCCUGCGCAGUGAGAUCCAAUUCGGAGCUCCGCUGCCCUCAUACUACUCCCUCCAGGACCGGCCUGAGGAGCAGAGGCAGCGCUUCAGGAACUUUGUGGUUCAGUACUCUGACAUCCUGGCUCAGCAGUCCACCAGCCAGGUGAAGGUGUUGUAUGGGGGCACAGAGCUGUUUGAUAACGAGGUGAGACAGACCUUCCACAGAGACAUGUUGCUGGCGCUGAUCAGUGGGGGCUGCAUCACUCUACUGGUCUAUGUCCUCACCUCCUUCUCAGUGUUCCUGACGUUCUUUGGGCUCACUAGCAUUGGUCUGAGCUGCCAGGUGGCUCUCUUCCUCUACCAUGUGGUCUUUGGGGUGAGAUACCUUGGCAUCCUCAAUGGAGUUGCAGCCUUUGUGAUCAUUGGCAUUGGUGUGGAUGAUGUGUUUGUGUUCAUCAGUACAUUCAGACAGGCUUCCCACUUGGUCCACCCGGUGCAGAGGAUGAUGUACACGGUGAAAACUGCUGGCCGAGCGACCUUUCUCACCUCCUUCACCACCGCAGCUGCCUACGCUGCUAACACCUUCUCACAGAUUCCGGCAGUGCAUGACUUUGGCCUGUUCAUGGCCCUCAUCGUCAGCUGCUGCUGGCUCUGGGUGUCCAUCCUCAUGCCCGCUGCCCUGUGUAUCUGGACCCAGUGUGUUGACCCCCAGGAGAACACCUGUCUCAAAUGGUGGAAAGCUCUUACAGGACUGUCAGUGAGUCACAGUCCUUUGUCAGAUGAGGAUGAAGAUGUGGCCCUCCUGUCGGUGGAGAUGGAGCCAGGCUCCUGUGUCACUGAUGUAGAUGCAGCCAUUUUGUCCCUGUCAGUGGAGACCUCGCUCUCACCCCCAGGGCGGGGGAAUGCAGGUGUGGUCAGUGCUAAACUUCAGUGGGCUCUGAGGCACUGGGUGGCAGAGCCAGCCGUGGAGAAACGCAAAGUCAUUCUAGGCAUCUACAUCCUGGUCCUGCUGCUGUCUGCUGGGUGCUGCUGCCUCCUGCGGCCGGCUACUCAUGCCCCGUUACUAUUUCGCCCAGACACCAACCUCCAGACUCUACUGGGACUGAGGAACAACCUCAGUGCCCAGGGCAUCUCUUGCCACAUGUGCUCUGGUCUGUUCAUGGAGAAACCUCAUCUUCUGCACAGCCCUACCCAUACUACCCCCUCCAUGCCUGGGUUUCACCCUCAGCAACAUACACAGAGCACUUCAAACUCAACUCUACAGAGCCCAAUCACACCAAGCAUAUCCUCCAUCACAACAGGGCCUCUGCUGACAGUGUAUGUCUCUAAGCUGGAUGUGGGUGCUUCUAUCACUCUGUACCGCUUCUCUCUGAAUAGCAGCGUGCCAUCGCCCUGGAAAAGCCUCAGUGCCGGGCAUGGAGAAGUUCCAUCCUUUCAGGCAUACAGUGGACCUCACAGCAACUUCAGCACCCACAUGACUGUGUGUGUGUCCCGUGUGUACCACCCCCACCCUCGCUGGAUGAUCACUUCCCAGUCAUGUGAUCCACGCCACGGCUGGAGGUCAGAGUUCAGCUUCUAUGUGGCAUCGGCUGAGCAGCAGCACAGCAGGAGAUUGUACUUUGCCCAGCACAAGCUGAGUCCUCAUCCCAGCCGAGUGUGUGCAGAACCACCUGGCUGUGUGAUCAGCUCCGGGCCUGACGGACCCACACAGGGCUCUUUCUACACUCCACUCCCCACAGAUUCCACCUCAACCAAAAGGUCCAAGACUUCUGGUUUUAACCCCUGUAGUGGAGGUGGCUGUGGCAAGCCAGCAGUCCGUCCUCUGGUUGACACUGGUGCGAUGGUGUUUGUGGUUUUUGGAAUACUUGGAGUCAACCGCACCCAACGCACAGACAACCACGUCAUUGGGGACAUGGGCAGUGUGAUAUUGGAUCCAAACUUUGAUAUCUUCCAAGAGAUUGGACACCUCUGCCAAAUCUGUAAAGCUAUCAGUGCUAAUAAACAGCUUGUGAAGCCGGGAGGAGCCCAGUGUCUACCGUCAGGCAACAAGCUUUCUUCUAUCCUGCCCUUACUCAACCCAGACUGCCACUCCCUCCCUGAGCCCAACCUGCUGCCAGGCCAGCUGUCCCAUGGGGUCGUGGGGACGCACGGUGGCAGAGUAAGCUGGCUCUCCAUGGCCUUUGAGUCUACCACCUACAAGGGGAAAUCCUCUUUCCAGACACACUCAGACUUCCUCCAAUGGGAGACCUUCCUACAAGAGCAGCUCUCGACUCUCCCAGAGUCCUCUGCUCUACGGAGAGGUUUCCAGACCUGUGAGCACUGGAAGCAGAUCUUUAUGGAAAUCAUAGGUGUCGAGAGCGCCCUCUGCAGUCUGCUCCUGUCCCUGGCCAUCUGUGUGGCAGCUGUGUCUGUUUUCACUGCCCAUCCGCUUCUGCUGCUGCCAAUACUGCUCACCAUCCUGGGGGUCAUCUGUCUGGUGGUGGCCAUCAUGUACUGGCUGGGCUGGGAGUUGGGGGCCGUGGAGGCCAUCUCUCUGUCCAUCCUAGUGGGCUCCUCAGUGGACUACUGCCUGCACCUGGUGGAGGGCUACCUGCUAGCUGGGGAGACCAUACCAGCCACACCAGGACACACUAUGGUACCUAAAAGGCAAAGAAGGUCCCUAGAUGCAGUAAACCACGUGGGAGUUGCCAUUGUGUCCAGUGCUGUCACCACCGUGAUCUCCACAGUCCCUCUCUUUUUCUGUGUCAUCGUGCCUUUUGCUAAAUUUGGCCAGAUUGUGGCCAUUAACACAGCAGUGUCCAUCUUGUUUACCCUGACUGUGACUGCAGCUAUGUUGGCCACCAUGGGCCCUGCCAACUUCCACAGGCCUCCUGGUGCUGUGCUGAAGGCCAGCCUGGCAGUACUGGGCACCACAGCCUUUGGCGCUGCCCUGUGCUGGGCAGGAGGGCAACUAGGACCAGUCACCUGGCACACAGCAGUCACCAUGUGA